AUGGGUAUUCGUAGAUUCAUGAGAAGUUUGAACUGUUUUGGCAACAGCAAAAGGAGAGAAAAGUCGUCGUAAGUAUUCUUUAUGAUUCUUUUAAAGCUUUUUGAAUUGAAAGAAGCUUUAUCAACUUUUUGACGCAAUUUUAAUUUUAAUCGGCGUUGUUUUUGUGUUGAAACAGGAAACAGAUGAAGAAAGAACUCAGCCGCAUGCAUGCAACUAUCAUUGUAAUGGAGGAGAAGAUUGAAAGUACAAAGUAAGGGUUUAAAUUUGCGAAUACAUUUUUUUUUAUCGCGGAAUAAUGUUUAUAUCACAUUCGGUUUUCGGUUCAACUUUCUGUCUAUUAGACAGAAACUAUUACGCCGACUUCGGGGCUUGGGGUGUCAAAAUAUAGUAAUUUGUAUGUCCACCGAAGACUAUACGUGGACUGAAAAACAAGAACAAAAAUGUAUUUUUUUUCUAUUUUUACCGCGGCAAGAUUAGCUCAGUCGGUAGAGCGCUUGACUGCAGAGCGGGAGGUCGCAGGUUCUAUUCCCGCGGCCGGACUAAUACUCAGGCUCUUAAAAUAACUGAGAAAGGAAGGUACUGCCUUUGCACUGCAAGCGGCUGGACCUUCGUGUGGCUCGGAUGACCACGUAAAAUGGCGGUCCUGUCUCCAGUUGGAGACGUCAAAAAAGUCCCCCCAAUUAGUACUUUCGUGCUAAAUACAUUGACACUCAAAUAAAGUGCUUUUUUUUUUUUCAGGCAGAUCAUUGAGGGAUGCCGUAAGAAACAGCAAUUAGCAGAAGAGCGAGAAAAGGCGAUGAGAGACAAAAGAGGUCGACUGAUGGAACGAGUACAAUGUGUUGAGAAUGAACUAAAUCUAGCAUUGAAGCAUCGCCAAGUUACACUAGCCGAGAUCAUGUAAGUUGAAAUUUUACUCGACCUCAACUAUUUACAGUACAGGUUUCUAUAACAACAUUAGGUAGAGAAUCCAUUCACUACUUUUAAGAAAACAAGAAGAUAACUUAGUCAAGUUAACUUUCGCAAAGACUUCCGGGACUGUUACUAGCCCCCCACCCCCCAGGUAGAUUUAGGUUGCACUUACACCUGAAACCAAGAUGGGCGCCCGUUAAGCUCCCGUUAAAGCGCUCGAUCUCAACGAUCUGACGUAAAAAUAUGGGACCGUAAACAAUCUAAAAAUUGUUUUAUUAAUCCGAACAAAACUUGGCUGCUCCUCGUAUUUUAACUGUACUGGAAAACCAAUUUUGCUAUUUUCUGAAACUGUUCGGAGCUUUUAAGUUCUAAACCAUUGAUAUAUCACUUUUUGUUUACAGAAAGACAGGGCUAAGGAAAAUGGCACUGGAAAAAGAUCUCCAAGCCAUGGAGAAGAAAGCAACCUUCUUUUGGGUGGAACUACAUUACAGUGAUCCAAAUCCAAGAAAAACCAUGGAAUUGUGGCGAGAAAACCUUCGUCAGUUACGAUCACAGAACGAUGUGCACAAAGCUGUACUACAACCACCCUUGUGUCCAGUCAAUGAAGAGGUUAUUUUUUGGGAAUAUCAGCAGGAGUUUAGUUGCGAUGAUGUGAGAGAUACAGUGUACCAAGACAAUGGGCCAAUAAUCGCCACAUACGUUUGA